CUCCUUUCUUACUGUACCGUUAUUCUUUUAUAUAGAUACAGCUCCUUUCUUACUGUACCGUUAUUCUUUUAUAUAGAUACAACUCCUUUCUUACUGUACUCGUUAUUCUUUUAUAUAGAUACAGCUCCUUUCUUAAUAUACAGCUCCUUUCUUACUGUACCGUUAUUCUUUUAUAUAGAUACAUCUCCUUUCUUACUCUCUUUCUUUUCGUACUGUACCCUUAUUCUUUUAUAUAGAUACAACUCCUUUCUUACUGUACCGUUAUUCCUUUAUAUAGAUACAACUCCUUUCUUACUGUACCCUUAUUCUUUUAUAUAG